AUGAAAUUGUUUGCAAAAAGCUUUCGAUCAGAUUCAGAGAGAAUAAUUACUAUUCGAGAAGAUACAAGAGGAUUUAUACGAAAUAAUUUCAAUCAACAAUUUAUUAUUUGGCCUUGUAAAUAUGAUCCACAAGCAAUAUUACUUCUUAUACUUGAUCAAGCACUUGCUUAUGUACGAAAACAAGAUAGAGUGGAUGAUACAGAUGCAAAUGUUCUUGCAAUGUUUACAAAAACACUUGCUAUUAUUGAUUGUAUAUCAACAUUGAUUACAAUUCGACCAGAAUAUUACGAUAGAUUUAAUGGAAUUUUAUUAAGAAUUAUUUAUCUCUUACCAAGUUUAUGCAAAAUGAAUGUUAUUCCAUCUCAUGUUUUAAUACAAGCAUUUCAAACAAUGAAACAUGCUCAGAACUUAACAGUCUUAUUUAUUGAUUCGAGUUUAUUUCCAUCAUUUGUUGAUAAAAAUACAAUUGUAUCGAAUGAACUUGAUCCUACAGCUCGAUUACCUGAACUUGAUAGUGCAUUUUGGGGUCGAUUAGAAGUAAUGUGUAGUGAAAAUCAAUAUGCUGAUGAAUGGAUUCCAGUAUUUAUUGCAUUACUUGAAACCACACGAGAUACUGUACAUAUCAGUGAAACAACUGAUCGUUUUCGAGCAAUUAUUUUUCAUUUACUUUUUUCCACAUUACCAAAAUCAAUCAAGAUAAAACGAUGGUUGCCAAUACGUGAACAAUGUUUAAAAUUAAUAUGGACUGUUAUUAUUCGUUGUUUAGCAUCGUCAUCAGUAAAAGUAUCAACAGAAGAUGAACAAAACAAAUCACCGAUUUUUAUUUUUGGUUGGUUACAACAUCCAUCUGUUAGUCAAACAUUACUUCAAUGUGCUAAACCAUUAGAUACUGAUACCACAUUAUCCGAUCCAGCAAAUCGAAUUUUAUAUCAAUCAUGUUUACAAAAUUCUAUGUCAAUUAUUUCAUCUGUAAUUGAUUAUCAAGUAGAAAAUUUUAAACAAAAUAUAAAUACACCAAAUAAUCCAUUUGCAUCAAAAUUAUUAAUUAAAGUUUGCAUUGAUUUCUUAUUACAACAUAUUAAUGAUAUAAAAGCACCAAUUUGUCUACGCUGUUUAACAAGUUUAGCUAAAAUUACACCUGGACUUUCAAUUUUAUUAGAAUCAAAUAUUGAACGAUUUCGAACAUUCAUUAUAGAAAACAUCAAAAAUAGAAAAUCUCCGGAUUUAACAAUGGCCAUUUUGGAUUUUUUGAUUGUAUGUGUUAAUUCUCAACCAGCAUUACUUGGUUAUUUAUGUGAUAUAAAUACAACUCCAACAGCAACAUUUGGUAACUCAACAAUUUUACAACCAAUUGUUGAAUUACUUCGAUGGAGUGCACAAAAUCCAAAUGAUAUUGGUGCAAGUGAUUUAUUUAUUUUAACUGUAACAUUUAUAACACAAUUUUGGGAACAACAUACUCAAUUACUUGUAGAUUAUUUUGUUGAAAUAAAAAAUUUUUGGAAAAAUAUUUCAACAUCAAUAUCAAAUACAAGUGUACGAAUUGAAUUAAUGGAUAUAGGUGAUAAACGUGCAGUAUCAGCUUCAUUUCGUUUACUUACUCAACAUUUACUUAAUUAUACUACUGAUCAAACUGGGAAUGAUUUCUAUGAUAUAUUAAAUAAAUUAAUUACUGAUAAUUGUUUACUUCACUGGAUUAAAGCUUGUCGGACAUUUUUUCAAACAAAUAUUGAAGAUGAUAUGUUAAAUGAACAAUCAUUAUCAUUGUCUUUUUUUUCUUCAGUAAUCUAUUUUACAAAAGCACUUCUUUGUUUAAAUAAUGAUCGUAUUCGAAAGGUUUUACCAGAUGGUGAAACAUGGCUACAAGAAUUAGCAUCUAUUGUUCAACUUGUACUUACUCGCAAUGAUUCAACUUGUAUGAAAAUAGCUGUUAUUUGUCUAAAUCUAACUAUUAAUGCUUUUAUUAAAUGGAGAAAUGAUAAAGUUCAAGCACCAUUAAAUAUUCUACCGACUUAUAUUAAUUUAGCUAAUUGUGUUCUUGGACCAGAAUAUGUAUCAAUUUAUGUCAAAUAUUGUUAUUUAGAUGCACUUGUUCUUUUAAUUCAAACCUUUAUUGAAUUGACACCUGAUAUUGAUCAACAACAAUAUGAUUUAACAAGUUAUGCAACUGUUCUUAUACAUUUACUUGAUUUUGUUGAUUAUUGUAAUGAUAUUAUUGAUAUUCAUUCAUCAACAACGCCACAAUAUAAAUGUGCUGUUAAAGAUGCAGAAUUUAAUGCUGAUUCCGAAUAUGUGGCAUUAGUUCAUACAUUUCAUUUAUUAUCUAUAUUUGUCUCGAAUGAAGAAUCAACAAACUUAUCUGUAAAUAUAAAACAAGAACGUACAGUAGCAAAUAUUAUUGAUCUAUUUCAUAAAGUGUCACAAGAACGAGAUAAUUUUCGUGUAUGUUAUACAAUAUUAAGUUUUUUAUAUGAUUUAACAAAAAAGACUGACAGUAUUCAAUGGUUUCAUACGAUGAAUAUUAUUCCACGUACACUUCAUACAUUUCGUUUUAUUAUUCAACAACAAACAAAUAGUUCAAAUGAAGAUCAAAUAUCUCAAAUGAAUUGGUCAAAAGUCAUACGUCUUUAUUUACUUUUAAAUAUUUUUCUUGUUCAUUCGGAAAGUGUAUCUGGUGAUUAUCGACAUUUUAAUAAUGCAUCAGAUGUAUUUGCAGCUUCUAGUGAAUAUAUUGUUGAAAGUUUUCAUAAUGUAACAAGACAAUUUUCAUUAGCAUCAUUGGACAAUGCUGAUGUAUGUUGUCAAUUCUUUGCAUGUUUAACACAAUUCUAUAAUCAAUUAAUGAGUAAACAUCAUAAAGAAGCGUGCAUUUGUAUUGCAGCAGUAAAUUAUCUUCUUCAUGAUUCAAUUAAUCUUCUUCUUCAUUCUGCUCUUGUACACAAUAUGUUAACAAAAAAAGUUCGUUGUGCAUAUCGAUCAGAAUUAGAAAAUCAAGAAAAUAUUGUACCUGAUUAUUCGAUAUCACAAUCAUUUGUAAUAGAUCAUUCACAAUUAUCUCAACGUUCUUCAUUACGACCAACAUCAACUUUUCUUAAUCAAUCAAUAUUAUCAUCUCCUGCUAGUGUACCUCCUGUAACACCAAGUGAAGGUACCCCAAAGCCACGAUUAGUUAAUGUUCGUCAACAAGUUGCUGCUGCUUCUGCUCAACCGGCUAGUUCUCAAGCACCAGAAUUUGAACAAGUUCAAGUCGGACUAUUACGACUUUUAUGUACUUGUUGUUGGGCACUUCAUCCAUGUACUAUUCCAUUAAAUGAACUUAAUGAAUCACUACUAUAUAAACAAACAAUUGAUUAUGAUUCAUUUAAAUAUUUAGUUGAGCCCUUAUUUAAUACACCAACAUUAGAACGACGUACAGCACCAUCAUUUGGUACUUGGCUUACUGGUGCUCAAUAUAUUGUUACUCAAAUGGAGCGAUUUAGUCUAAUAAAAAGUAAUUCACCAAGACCAGCUCGUAUAAAAGAAAGUGAUCUUGAACGUUUAGUACAACAGAGACCUUUUCUGGUGCUUGCACUUGAACAUUUAUUAAGUCUCAUUCUUUCUCAAGUACCACUCUUUAUGCGAUCAACAUAUCUUAGUGAAACACAAAAGAAUAUGAUGAAACAAACAUUAUCACUUGAAUUGGAUUACAUCUUUUCGAAUCUUAAUUUAACUGAACGAACAUCCAGUGCCAGUGGUGGUGGUAGUGAUCCAAAUUCUCAGCGAACAUCGGUUAAUGUACCAACACCGGGCACUGUUGGCGGUCCGACAAGCCAUAAAUCACUUGUCAUGAGUGUAUCGAAUAUGUCUCAUCCGUCUGGAUCAGCUUUACGCGAAGCUUAUACACCGUUUUCUGUUGGUACAAAUGUGACAUGUUCUGGUGCAUCUGAAUAUAAUAAUUCAACUCAUCUGAAAGAUGUUUGUACAUCAAUUUGGAAACUUUACAAACGUAUUGUUCAAGCUGAUCCACUUGUCUUUGUUGGUUAA